AUGGGGGCUCCGGCCCUCCUGUGGCCCCCGCUGCUGCUGCCAUUGCUCUUAGUGCUGUUUGGCCAACCUCCGGGGACCUCGGCCCAGGACCAAGUCUGCUCUGUGGACCAGCCGGUUGUUCAAAUUAAGGAGAACAGUGAUAUUUCCAAGCCGCUGUUGAACAUUUCGGUCUCAGAUGACAUGCAUGUGACCCUGGGGUCCGGGUCCACUCCUUUUGCAUUUAUUAUUGUGGACAACCAGCUGUUUCUCAACGUGACUCCAGAUUAUGAGAAAAACUCUAUGCUGGAGGCAGCCCUGGAGUGCAAGAGAGGAAAUACAGUGGUGACAGGGUUGUUUGUGCCUGUGAUUAUCCUGGAUGUCAAUGACAAUCCCCCAGAGUUUCCCUUUACAACCAAGGAAUACAACGUACCAGAGGACACCAGAGUGGGUACAAUUGUCAUCCCUGCGACAGAACUGGCAGCCAAAGAUGCUGACGUAGAUGACACGCUCUAUUACACUCUGCAGGAAGUGACCCCUAAUGCCAGCAGCUUCUUCUCUCUGGCGGGGUUAAGCAACCCUGCUCUGACUCUGAGCCGGACCCUGGAUUUCUAUAAGAAUCAGAAAAUGACCUUCAGGCUGUUGGCACAGGAUACUUGGAAUGCAAACAGCACAGAGCCCAGCCACACGGCCACUGCCACCCUGAUCAUAAACGUGCUUCCUGCUGACCUACGGACCCCCUGGUUCCUGCCUUGCUUCUUCUCAGAUGGCUACUUCUGCAUCCAGGCCCAGUACCAUGGAGUGGUCCCCACGGGGCUCCUACUGUCAUCCCCCCUCAUCUUGAGUCCUGGUCCCAUCUAUGCUGUGGACGGAGAUCAGGGGAUUAACCGGCCCAUCAUCUACAGCAUUACGGCGGGAAACACGAAUGACACAUUCAUCAUCGACGAAAAGUCUGGCAACCUCACGAUGAAGAAAAGUAUCCCCAGCCCCAUGACCUUCACCCUGCUGGUCAGAGCCGAUCAGGAUGAUAUGGCCCGCUACUCAAUGACCCAGGCCAUUGUGGAGGCUCGUGAUGUCUCUGGGAACCCACUCCAGUUCUCUCAGAGCCUGUACCAUGGUACAGUGGUGCUUGGCUCUGAGGCUGGCACAGCAGUGAAGGACAGGACCUCCCCUUUUGAGACCCUGAGGAUCCAGGCUCAGUACUCAGUCUUCCCGGACCUCAACUCGGACAUCACGUAUCAAAUCACCAACUCCUCAGAUUUCAGGAUGGACGAGGAUGUCAUGCUGACCAAUGUGGUUAUGAAAGAAACAGGCGUCUUCUAUGUACAGGUAGAAGCUACCAGUACUGUGACUAAUGAUACAGCCACCACUGUCGUUGAGAUCCAAGUGUCAGAGCCCGAGGCCCCCUCCACAGAGUCCCCCAAGCCCCCAGAAGCUGGAGGAACAACUGGGUCUUCAAGUAGCACCACUUUGGAAGCCCCCACGACCUCUGGGACCUCUCAAGGACCGGCCACAACCAGCUCUGGGGGAAGUGCCGGCCCAGUCCCGCCCUCAGGCACAACUCUAAGCCCACCUGCCUCUACCUCAUCCACACCUGGGGGGAUCCCUACUCUUGGAACCAGCACCUCCCCCAAGACAGUCACUCCUGGUGGGGACUCAACACUGACCCCCAAGCCAGGAACCCCUCAGCCAGUGAUCCCCAUUACAGGCACAAGUACCACUUCUCAGCCAGUCACACCCAGUGGGGGCUCCACACAGACCCCCAAACCAGGAACCUCUCAGCCAACAGCUCCUACUUCAAGAACAAGUACCUCCCUCAUUCCAAGCACAUCCAGAGGGGACCCAACGCAGACCCCCAAGCCAGGAGCCUCUCAGCCGACAGUCGCCACGCCCAGCAGGAACCCAUCAUCCUCAGGAGAAGGUGCAAUGGGUGACCACAAAUUUUCCACGGUGGACAUGGCAGUGCUGGGCGGGGUGCUAGGUGCGCUCUUGUUGCUGGCCCUCAUCGGCCUGGUCAUCCUCAUCCAUAAGCACUACCGUCACCGGUUCAACUGCUGCUGUAAAGGCAAGGCUAAGGUGCCUCCUCCGCAGAAUAACUAUGACAACCUGACCUUCCUCCCGGACCACAAGACCAGCUGGUCGUCCACCUCCAACCCGCAGCCACAGCCAGACCCUGAGCCCUCCCAGCCGCCCGCUGGGUCCCAUAGCCCUAUGUCUUCCAGCCCCACGCCCCCCAGCUCUGCACCUCCUAGCCCAGAGUUCAGAGCUUCCGGCUCUCCUAAAACCGUCCAGGCUGGGGACAGUCCUUCAGCCGUGAAGUCUAUUCUGACUAAGGAGCGGCGGCCGGAGGGGGAGGGUGGCUACAAGGCCGUGUGGUUCGGCAAGGAUAUCAGAGAGGAUGCUGACGUGGUGGUCCUCAACGAGCCCACAGCAGACAUGGACAGCGCCAGCGCCACGGAAAGUGAGGGCAGCGAUGAUGACGACCCUGACCAGAAAACGAGUCUUCACCUUGGCGCUGAUAUCGACCACACUUAUAUCUAG